AUGGAAGUGAGAUCUCCUGAAGUGUUCGGUAAUUCUCACCAAAAGCUACGCAGUCUUAAAGUCCAACUAAGUUUUCUGCCUCGAACUGAUGGCUCCUGCGCUCUGGAACAAGGUACCACUGUAAUAUGGUGCGGAAUCAAUGGCCCUGGUAACAUCUCUUCUUCGAAACGACUCAGCGAACGACUCGUCAUUGAUAUUCUUUAUAAGCAUGCUCAUGGACAAAAAGAUUCAAUUAAGGUUAAUCGAUUAUUGAGUGCUGCGUUGAAACACACUGUUAACCAUGUUCAUUAUCCUCGUGUUGUUCUCAAUGUCACCUUGCAGUUAUUACAGAAAGGUGGCUGUGAGGCAGCGGCAGCUUUAAAUGCUGCUUGUUUGGCAGCUCUCGAUUCGGGCAUCAUUAUGAAUGGGAUAUUUUGUGGAGUUACUGUGGCAGUUUCUCAAGGGAAUCUCAUUUUGGACCCAACCUGUGCACAGUGCUCUUCUGCUGAUACAGUCUAUACAUUUGCAUUUUAUUCGUGUGGAAAAGAAUCGACAAAAACGGUGGCAUGCGAUACAGAUGGAACAUUCGAAUAUAUUACAUUUGAAGCUGCGAGAACAUUAGCAAAGCAAUCGUCUGCUGACAUUUUCUUAUUUUAUCGGGAGAUUUUGCAGAAGAAAGUUAGCGUCGAUAUUUGGAAGUAG